AUGGUACAAUAAAAUUAAUUAAUAUGGAACACGCCAGAGCCGCGACACGAUUACUACGUGUCGUCAGGCUUCUUGCAGUGACGAUGCUUUGCGCGCUUUCGUGGUACAUCCAAGCAGCAAAGGACUACUAUAGCCUCUUAGGGGUGUCACGGAAUGCAUCAGAUGCAGACAUCGCCAAAGCUUACCGUUCUAAAGCUAAGAAGCUCCACCCAGACGUGGCACCAGGAAAGGAGGAAGAGUUCAAAGAUAUCAACACAGCAUACGAAGUCCUUAAAGACAGCGAAAAACGAAAGCAAUAUGAUUUAUACGGUGAAGCCGGAGUCAAUGGCGCUGGAGCACAAUCACAAGGACAACAAGGGCAUGAUUUCUUCCAUCAGACAGGAUGGGCACAUCACGGAGGAGGAGCAACAUUCACAUUUGAUAUGAAUGAUGGCCCUUUUGAUGGAUUCUUCGACCAGUUUCACUUCGGAAAUCGUAGACAACAUGGUGGUGGAGGAUCACAGUUCCACCAAGCACACCGAGAUGGAAGAGGCACUGGCGGUAAUCGGAUGUUCGACGGUACAUUGGUCGAUGAUGUCGACACUGUUGAAUUCAAUAAAAGCAUAGAUACCAUGAGAUCUAUUAACAUUUGCUUCUUCUACAUGGAUACGUGCCCACACUGCAGAAACGCCAAAGCACCAUUUGUAGACUUUGCAACAAAGUUCAAAGGCGCUGUGCGCACCAUUGCUGUAAACUGCAAUAUGUACAAUGAUUUGUGUAGUAAAUACGGUGUCGAUAGAGUCCCGCAAAUAGUGGCCAUUACAGGACCCAGGAACCACUUCACAUACCAAGGACAAAACUAUACAGAGCAAUUGGAAGCAUUCGUUAGCAAACACCUACCAUCGCAAUAUAUCGAAAUUAAAGACAAAAAGCAACUGAUUCAAUUCCUAGAAUCAGAGUCAACCAUGUUGAAAAUAGUGGCCAUCAUCAAAAGGGGAGCUUACCUCAUCAAAUUAAAGGCAUUGGCCAAGCAUUUUGAUCAGAAAAUAUCGUUUGCAUUCGUGAGAGCUAGUAACACCGAGGUGACAAAACGAUUUGGAAGUCACGGAACGCCUAAAGCAGGUGUGCUCAUCGCCGUAGAAGAUGUCUCUUCAAUGCGCGGAGCUACCAUAGAUAUGGAAUUCAUAGAAUACAAUGAGAUAAUACUGAGACUAAAUAUGUUGCAGUUCGAAGCAAAAAGGCUACAAAAUACUAAAAUGUCAGGAGGAGGAUAUACCAAACUAACAGUCAAACGCAUGGCAUUAGGUGACUGUAACGAACGUGAUAACCAAUUCUGCUUCGUUUUCGUCAGAUUUGGAAAAGGAAAGGAAUUGCCAGUGCAUGAUGAACUCUAUAAUAUCGCCAAAAAGUACGCUAAUGACCCUAUCAAAGUCAGGUUUGUCUACGCAGAAGAACAGCCAUCAUACGUGGAGACGUUUGGAAUAUCAACAAAUUGCCACUUCUACCAAAACUGUGCUAGGCUAGUGGCCUACAGAGGAAAACGUAAAAGAUUUGAAGUACUGGAAGAUGUAUCAACAGUAGAAAACGUAGAAAAGUUCAUCAACGAUGUAAUUGCAGGCUCAGUCAGCCUUAAGCGCACACUCACACACAUACCCAAAGUUAUCGAGGCACAGGAACACGAUGAACUAUAAACACUAAUAAUAAAUAAACA